CAUCGGAGAUAUAUAAAUACAAUAAAUACACUUACUUACGUACACUAAUUGCAAUCGGGCCCCCCCAAAAGGAGCGUGAAGAUGCUGUUGCACGCUACUGGGAUGCUUUAUCGAUAAACCCCUCGCAGACGACUGCUUGGAGGCUAAGCAACACAUCGCCAUCGCCAUUCAAUCUCCUCUCCUGCGCUUCCUGGAGGGAGGGAGAGAGAGAAAGACAGACAGAAAGACGGACGGACAGAUCAGAUAUGGUUGGAGUUUUAUCGAACAAGAUCGGCAGGGGCCAACUCAAGCCCGGCGAUCACAUCUACUCCUGGAGGCUCGCCUACCUCUACGCCCAUCACGGUAUAUAUGCUGGUGAUGGAAAGGUGAUCCACUUCACUCGGGGGGCUGGACAUGAGAUAGGGACAGGCAGCACAGCUUUAGACCGCCUAAUUUUCAGCUCCUCUUCCUCUUCCUCUUCUCAUGGUUCGGUUAUCCAAUGCCCAGAAUGUGGUGAUCAAUCAACACUCGAUGGUGUCAUAUGCUCUUGCCUCGAUUGUUUUCUUUCUGGUGGUGAACUCUACCUCUUUCAGUACAAGGUCUCACCAGCUCUCUUUCUUGCCAAAGCUCGAGGGGGGACCUGCACCCUUGCUGCUUCUGACCCACCGGAAGAUGUUCUUCACCGUGCUGAAUUCUUAAUGAGGAAUGGUUUUGGUGGCUACAACAUCUUCAAGAACAACUGUGAGGACUUUGCAAUAUACUGCAAGACAGGUUUGCUUGUUGUAACAAACAUUUCUGUGGGUCGGAGUGGACAGGCAGCCUCCUUUCUAGCUGCUACCAGUGCUAUUGUUUCUUCACCACUUCGGUUCCUGACUACCAGUUUUAGUGGUCUGGCCGCUGUUGGUUGUGGUCUGUAUUGUGUUAGUCGAUUUGUUUCUGAUAUUGGAGUUCGCCGCGAUGUUAGAAAAGUCCCCGUUGAGGCCCUUGUCACGCCCUCUGGCUUGACUGAGUCAGAGGCUUCAACUGAGACUGCCAAGGAAGCUUGACCCAUGACCUGCACCAAAAUUUUAUGAGCAGGAUCCUAUCCUUCAUUCUGUGUCUGAAUUGUCAAACCCUGGUAUUUGUGAUUACAUACUAGCAGGUAUUUGUAUUGUGGUGUGUUUAUCUUCUCUUCGGAGUCCCGUGUGAGUCUAUUAUUUUGAGCAGCUUUGACACUUUUCAACUGUGCCAACUAUAUUUGUUACUUCACUUUUCAACAUUGAAGGGGACUUUUUGUAUUUUAUUUA